AUGCAAGAUGUCCUGUUCAAAACAACAACAGGCUCCACGCUGCAAUACUUCAAGCGCGGCAACGGACCCAUCAUGAUCGUCACGCCUCCCGCCUGGGGCCUUGGAACGAACUAUCUGCAGGAAGGGCUUACGCCGCUGGAACAAACCUUCACACUCAUCUACCUCGGGCUUCGGGCAAACGGCAAGUCUUCACGCCCGGCUGCAUCCGAAAUGUCAUGCUGGCAAAUCGCAGACGACAUUGAGUAUCUCCGCCAGGAACUAAAGCUCGAAAAGAUUUCCUACUUGUUGGGACACUCGGGAGGGGGAACCAUUGCCCUCUGGUACGGGAUCAGAUAUCCAGGCAAAGUGGACCGCCUGAUCCUUUUAAACCACCGCUUGGACGGAUUUGACGACAGCAAGUCGAUGAAAGAAAUCAUCGUCGAAAAGGCCAAGAAUUCCAAGAUGCACGCUCCACUCAAGGCCUGGACGACGCCCCAUGAGAACCUCACCGACGAGGAAUUCGCCCAAGUGAUUCGCUCCUUUCUUCCCAUCUACUUUUACGAUCCCGAUGCUUUUAAUCGGUCCAAGGAGCUGAGCAAUCUGCAAUCGGUUCCUCUGUGGAAUUACCAGACGGUAAAUGGGGCGGAUCGAGAAGCACAUCAGCAAGAGCUGGAACUUGGAAAGGUCACGGCCAAGACGCUCUUGGUUUCUUGUCGAGCGGAUCCGGUGUGCACGCCAGCGCAGGCGAUGGCGAUGCAAAGGGGGAUUGCGGGAUCGAAAUUGGUGAUAUAUGAUGAGUGUGGUCACUUUCCGUGGUUGGAGAAGGAAGACAUGUUCAAAGAUGUAAUUGACUUUUGCACUUCCUAG